UCACGUGAUAACUUGGGGGAAUUGAAAGCCCCUUGAACCGAGCUUGGUCGCACUGCACCCCAGCAGCUGCCGUGCAUACCGAACUUCUCACACAAGUCUCCAUCAAAAAACCUAGUUUGGACAAGUAAACCGAAAAAGUUUUAGGGAAAUCAAACAAAAUGAAAGGACUGUUCGCGGCGAUUCUGGUUUUGGGACUUCUUUAUUUGAAAUGCGGCAAUGCCGGCACACCAGAACAGGAGAGGAAAUGUGUCCAGAACUGUAUGAAGAGCGGCUAUGAUAUGAUCGUCUGCAACAACAACAUCUGUCCUUCCGUGAUUGAGUGCUGUAAUAUCAAAGGAGCCGAGAUCGGGAACGGGAUCGUCGCUGGGAAGAUGAGUAACGCCGAGUGCUGUAAUGCGGUCGGGUCGAACGGAGCGUCAGUCUUCGAGACUAAACACUUCAAUCUUGACAUGUUCGCUAAGGAAGUCGCCAAAAGCAGCGAGGAAAAGUAGAAUCAUAGACCAAGGGUGGUCUCUUCAUGCAAUAGUUAUCGACAACAACAUAAAUAGAGACGUUGAGAUCCUCAACGUAUGUUUACGGAUACGUAUUAAACCCCGCUACACUAAACCCCACUACGGAGGAUAAGUUAUACCGAUGCACAGUUCUGAUUUGCCGACACCGGCUGGUAAUUUCGAUCCGUAUACGUCUAGAACAAUUUAGGUUUUGGAUCUCAACAUCUCUUAUAACAUUCAACAUUGAGAAAUUGAUUGUGAUGAGCUGAGGACACCUAAUGAUAAACAGGCGAUCAAUCA